AGCUACCCCAACUACUAUUUCUUCUCUCCAAGAGAUCUGAUCCAAGAGCAAAGAUGAACAGCUCCCUGGCUACCCUCGCCGUCUUCCUGAUUGCUGCUAUGUUCUUAUCCCAAGCUCAGGCUCAGUUCGAUCCCCGGCUCUGUUGUUUUAACUACCAAAACAAGCCUGUGCCACUGAGGAAUCUGAAGUCCUAUGAACGUACAAAUUCCAGGUGUUCCAUGCCAGCUACCAUAUUUACCACAAAGAAGGACAGAAAGAUUUGUGCAGAUCCCAGUGCACAAUGGGUCCAGGAUCGUAUAAGACAGUUGUCUUAAAACUGACAACCUUCCACCUCCUGUAUAUUCACCCAGAGGAGCCCCAAGAAGUCAAAGCUUUUAAAAUGCUUCAGAUGUGGAAAAAAAGAACAUGUGUGAUUCUUAUUCCGACCUUGCACACUCCUAACUUAAACUUCAUUGAUGGAAGAUGAAAUAAUGUAUUUUAUUUAAAUUAUGGGCAAAUAUCUUAUGUAUUUUAUAUUAUUAUUUUUUAAAAGAAGACGUUGAUUUGUCUAAAAGUUCUGAAAAAUAUUUGACAGACACGUAAUGUAUGAAUAAA